AUGGCUCAGAAUGGCACCCCCCGUCCUCAGUCAGAGGUAGCUGCCCGCGUCAUCGCUCAUCUGCGCGACUUGCUCGACCGUCAGUGUGCCCAGAUGGUCGCCCAAGAGAUUGCCCAUCAGCAACAGAUCGCCGAGCUCAACAACAACUUCCGCAAGCAGUUGAUGGAGCAGCAGGCCGUCGCCAAGGCCGAGAUCAACCGUGCCUGGGAGCUUUGCGACACUCAGAUGGCGGCCGUGGCCGACUUGAUGGCUGAGCAGAACAAGAAGCAGAAGUAG